UUUCUCUUUCAUUUUAGCCUUACAACAUGGCAAGAGAUCAUGAUUCUGAUGACAAUGAGAAUAAAAGGAAAUGGGUCUUGAUGUUUAGCCUCUAUGCCAUAAUCUCCUUGCAGUUUCUCCUCGCUGUUUCAGUUGGAUCAGUAGUUAUUUCGAAUUCCAGGAUUCCUCACUUUGUGCUCCACACUGCACCAGGCCUUGCCAUCUAUAUCCUCUCCAUAGUCUUUUGCAUCAUAAUUCAGUGUGUGCUUCUUGAUCUUCGAGGACGUUGGCCCUGGAACUAUAUUCUUUUUAUAUUAUGGACCAUUUUAUUUGCCUCUACUGUGGGACUCUCUUGUUCCUACUCAAAUGGGAGAGGAAAAGCUGUAUUAGAGACCAUAAUUCUGAUAAGUGUUGUGGCUGUGGUCCUAGGACAUCACUCGUAUUAUUCAAUGCACACAGAGCGUGAUUUCAGCUUAUGUGAACUCUUAUCAAUCAGUGUCUUCCUGGUGGCUUGUGUUUAUAUUCCCAUUCAGGUCUUUCACCCUUUUGCAAAGCUAUCAAUAUCAAUAUAUGCUUUCCUGGUUGCAAUUGCUUUCGCCGGUCGUAUGUACAUUGCUGAAACUUUUUUUAUCAACAACCAAUUUGACGAUCCCAUUGGCGCUGCGGUCAUUGUUCAUCUCAUCUUUCUCAUGAACAAUCCUAAUCGAGAAGAACUCACCAGCCGUCGAGCAAUCAGGGUGCCUCUGAGGAACCCUUAACAUCAUAACUGAUUAUGCCUUAUGUGAACUUGUUUUCUUGCAGCUUCUCAGAAGUGUUAAAACCAAAUAAAAACUUGUUAACUUUUGCUUACAUUGUUCUGUAUUAUAUUCUAUAUCGGAUUAGGUAGGAAGUAGCUGAAGCAUGAAACUGUACACUGAGCUUUAUUUAUCCGUAAAGCAGCGGAUGGCUAAUGU